AUGGAAGUUCUUAUUACUGUUGUUGGUGAAUUUCUUUGGACUACAUCAUGUGGUGUCGUGAAUUUUUGUCUAAGCUCCGGUAUAAGUGCAUUAGUAGUAUUUGUCUCAUUUCUCGGUGCUAUUCUUGCAUCCGCUUUUUAUAAAUAUUCAACCAGCCGCGGGUACAUGUUAUCUCAUCAUACUACAACAGCAUUACUAGAUGAUGAUGAUGAUGAUGACGAUGAAUCUGUUAGUACAAGUUUAUUGACUAUGAAAAACUCUAUUAAAUCGCCGUCAUCAUUUCAAAGAACGACAAAUUCAAUUUAUAAUAAUCCUAUAGAUUCAUUGUCAAACAUACAUAUGCCUAUUGAUCAAAAUACAAGUGACAACGAAGAAGUAAUAUUCAAUAAUAUGAUAGAGGAUGAUUCUGACGAAGAAUUUCAAGUUCAAUACAUACAAAAUAAUUAUCAUUCUCUUAAUGAUACCAAUAUGAUGACUACAGAUUAUCUUGAUCAAUUUAAUUCCUAUGAAUUACAGAUAGACAAUGAAACUGAAUUUGAAUCAUCUUAG